AUGUCCUCGAAUUCUCUUCCGUCAGUUACCACCAAGACGGUGCCAGGUCCUGCCCCUAAUGGCAUGGGAAAUGGUCUGUUCGCGACCGAGGAUAUCAAGGUCGGUGGGGAUGUCGUGCAUGCCCAGACACCUUUUGUCGCAGUUUUGGAUUCCUCGCGUCUGGAUGAUACCUGUUCCGGCUGUUUCGGAAAACGGCAGAUGCAAGAGGGUAACGCGGAUUUGAAGGCUUGUACUGGAUGUCGGGUGGUUAGGUACUGUGAUCGGACCUGCCAAUCAAAAGAUUGGAAAUUUGCCCAUUCUAUGGAAUGUAAAAUCUUUCAAAAGCUCCAGCCUCAGAUCUUGCCGAAUAAUGCCCGUGCUUUACUGCGCAUGGUCUUGCGGACUGGGAAAGGAAAGUGCUCGGCUCAGGAAAUGGGUGUUUUCUCCAAUUUGGAAACACAUAUUACCGAGAUUCAGCAGAAUCAACAGCAGAUGGACCGUGUCAUGCUCACGUCUAAAGCUGUCAAAAAAUAUUCGGAAACCGAUAUGACUGAGGAAGCCAUAUCCGCUUAUGCUGCCAGGCUGGAUUUAAAUUCCUUCAACCUUACAACAACUCUAUAUGACCGCAUCGGUCUCUAUUUCCACCCAUAUGCAGCUUUAAUCAACCACAGCUGCGACUACAACGCAACAGUCGGCUUCGACGGUGAAGAACUCUACAUCAAAGCACUCAAGCCCAUCAAAAAGGGCGAUCAAAUCUUCAUCUCCUACAUCGACACCACGACCCCCUGUCAUGUCCGACGCGGCGAGCUCUUAGAACGCUACUUCUUCACCUGCGAGUGCACGAAAUGCACCAACGCCCCGGAAACCGAAACCCUCUCAACAACCCAAAAAGACGACCCAACAGCCCUAGUCGACGUAGCUGAGCGAGAAGCCCUUCAACUCCUCCAAGCAGCCUCUACAGAAUCCCCAGAAUCAGCAAUCAAAUCUCUCACUUCCGCCCUAAGCCUCCUAGCCAACCACCCAAAUUGGCCCCUAACCCGUCAACCAUACCCCGAGCUCAGAGACCAGCUCAUCCUCUCGUACCUCGCCACAAACAAUUAUAGCGCAGCUUUCAUCCACGCCGCGAUUCGCUAUCUACGCGUUGAUCCCGUGCUCUACAGUCCCGCGCAUCCUAUUCGACAUCUCCACGCGUGGAUCUUGGCGAAAUUGGCUAUCUAUCUCUCGCAGAGCUUUGAGACUAGUGAGCUUGACCCGGUGAGGUUGGAGGACUUUGGGAUUAAUUUCCACUUUGUGCUUUGGUAUAUUCUUGCGGAUUUGGCGAGUCGGCAGUUGGAGAGUUGUACCGUUCCUGGGUUUAGGAGGCUUGUUGCGGCGAAUUUUGGUCAGGUUAAUGAGCAGUUUAUGGCACAGGGGAUAGAUUUGAGAAAUUCACAGGCUAAGGGCUUGCUUGCUAGUGCUUGGGGGAAUCUUGAGAAGGUUGUGGAGCUUGCUUUGGAAAGGGAGUAG